AUGGCCGAACUACGCCAGCUGCUAACGCAGAUUAAUGAUUCGCUUGGGAGCACCAGCAGUGCUCUUACGAAGCUUAGUGAUCUUAAUACAGCAGAAGAACCGGACGGGCCAAUCCAUGAGCUGAAAUCAAGAUUAGGUGCUGAAUCGACUGUGGAUAAGAUUUCAUUGCUAUCAUUAAAGAACGCAAGCAUGCUUGCUUAUGUUGACAGCUUGUUGUCGAUAGUGGGCGAGAAGUUGGUAUCAUUUGACAAUGCCACCUGUGAGAAGGGACGAGCUAGGUCUGUUGAGCACAGAGUGUGCUUAGAACGUGGUGUUAGACCACUGGAAAAGAAGUUAAGCUACCAGAUAGAUAAGCUAACGAGGGCUUACAACAAGUUCGAUAAGGAAUAUAAGGAUGCACAGGUGCGCGCCAAUGAAGCAAGCGAGACAGCAACUGGGUCCGAGGGUGAUGAAGCCGACUCGGAGGAAGAAGAUGAGCUGAUGUUCAGACCUAAUGUUGCCGGUAUGGUCACCGGAAACACAGCUGCUGGAAACCGCAGCAAGGGGUCCGCCCCUGCAGCAGAUACUGCAGCAGAAGGCGCAGAUAAUAACGGCAUCUACAAACCUCCAAAGAUUAGUGCCAUGCGUCCUCCACAGCAUAGCCACCACUUUGAGGAUAAAUUUAACGCACAUGAGCAUAAAGAUAAGUCCAGGCGUUCUCGUAUGCAGGCAAUGGAAGAAUAUAUUAGAGAAAAUGCUGACCAGCCCGAGUGGGAGGCAUCUAUCGGUGCUAAUAUUGUAGACCACGGGAGAUCGGGCGUGAAGUCAAUGAGAGACACUGAGCGGGAGCGUGAGAUCCAGCAGUUUGAAGAGGAUAAUUUCACGAGAGUAAAUGCUAUAGGAAAUAAGGCCGAAAAGCGUAAGGCAAAACAGAGAAAGAGAGCUGCCAUGGCGAACAUGAUCAGUGGUGAGGAUUUCAGCAUUUUCAACUCCAAGCGCCAGCUGGAGGACAGCACAAGUAGGAGGGCAAAUAAGAAGCCUCGUAGUACUUGGGAUAGAGCCAAGAAAAGGAUGUAA